UAUCUUACUUUUGCAGUCACAGAGAGACUACUCUCGCGAAACGACCGGCUGAUAAAAUCUUGUGUCAAUUGUUUUUAUUUUUCACGAGGGUCGUUUAAAUAAGUUCGAAAAAUGAUAACCUGCCAGUUGUGAUAUUAAUUAAUGGUGAUUAUUUGGUGAAAAGUUUUUAUUUGCUCUGGAUUGAGAGACUUAUAAGAAAUGUCUGCAUCCUGGUCAUCCUUCAUUUUGCUGACUCUACUGAUCCUUAUUGAAGCAAGACCGAAAUGUACCACAACUGGAACUGUAGUCGUGUGUACCGCCAGCAAAACGGACUACAAACUGGUGAGAGGACUGGUCUCCGAUAACACCCACACUACAGUUGUCAAAUUAAAAGGAUGUAGGAUAAUAGAUGUGGAUUACGAGUCUUUCAAUAACCUGACCUCCCUAAAACACCUAGAUUUGUCUGUAAACAAAAUACAAAAACUAAAACUCGGUGUUAUUGAUGAACCGACACAACUCACGCAUCUGAAUUUAUCCUACAACCAGCUCACUGGGUUCCCUCUCGGCCUCUUCGACCAAGUAACUCAUAUAACCCAUCUGGAUUUAAAAGGAAAUAAAAUCAGCAAUCUCGAGUUGGGAGUUUUCGAUUCGUUGCACGGUUUGAAAGUUUUGGAUUUGUCCAGUAAUAAUCUUGUGGGGAGAGAUCUCAACCCUUACGUCUUCGACCAGAGCACACACAUUAUCUGGUUAGACUAUUCACGAAACGACAUGAACAAUGCCCCUCAGAAUCUGUUGCAUGCACUUGAUUCGUUACAAUUCCUGAACCUUGACAGAUGCUUCCUUACCGAAGUGCCUGCGUUCGCAAUCAAGUCCAACCUCAGAACAAUGAGGCAUCUCAUUCUUUCAACGAACCAAAUAUCGAAUCUAGACAAUUCAGCGAUUUUCGUUAAUCUGGACAACUUGGAGAUCUUGGACUUAUCCUACAAUUUAAUAGAGCACAUUAAUGGUGAUAUCCUAGCACCACUCAAGAAGCUACAAAAGAUUGUCUUGAGAAGUAACAAAAUUAAAACAAUACCUAAUGACCUAUUCCGGAACAUCCCGAAGUUAAUAACAAUAGAUUUGUUCGGGAAUCUGAUUGAAGAUGUACCUGUGAAUGCCUUUAGAGGAUCCCCAUUGAAGAAUCUGAAUCUAUCGAAUAAUAAAAUAACAUAUCUACAAGAUAAUUUUUGCCUCGAGUUAAUGAAUUCCGGAGGUCAAUUGAAGAAGUUCCUGUUCGACCCUAAUCCUUGGCAAUGUGCCUGCCUCAUGGACUUGCUCAGAGAAGUGAAAAGACUAGGAAUUGAAUACAACAGUGCGAAGUACAAUGGAAGAGAUCCUGUUUGUGUGACUUGGAAUGAAUUUACAUGCAAUCGACAAUCGAACGCUAAUGAAAAUUAUAUUGACGCGUAUCAUGAAAUUAAAAGUACAAAAAAGAUCUUGUGGUCAAAUCACGGAACUUAAAUAAAUAUAAUGAUAAUGGAGAAAAUCUACUGCCAGAGUACGCUUGAGACAAGUUAUAAAACUAAGUCAUAUGUAACUUGUGAGGCAUAUUUUUCUUUCUGCUUCCGUUUUUCGUGGCGAGACUGGAAAGUGAGACAUUUACUUUUAUGUUUUACAACAUGGUAUAAAAGCAAUAAAAUGGGAGACAAAGUUUUUAGUAGUGACAGUACGCGUAACUCAAAUAUACUACCGCUUCUUUAAGAAUGGGUGAAACUUAUAACAGCGCCAUCUAUAAUUUUACGACUGAAUUAUAUGCAACAUUGCCAAUCAGAGAGGAAGAACAGUAACGACAUCUCUUAUCAUUCUCAGUACUCACGUUGCAAUUAGUUCUAAGUUUCUUACAUAGAUGUCUCUAUGACAAAUUUUUCUUGCGUUGAUUUUUUAGAAAUCUUAUUGCAUUUUAAGUAUGUUAACGUUUAAGUCAGAGCUUUUCUUUUUUUUUCUGUUUGUUAAUUAGACUUAAAUAGAUAAUAAAUUCUUUUUUUGAUAAGUUUCGUUUGCUUUAAUAGUUGCUUAUUCCGAUAGGAUUUAACGUAACAAUCUUACCUACGAAAAACAUUUUAAAUUAUUAAAAACAUAAAUUGAU